GUGUUUGGUAAAUAGUAAAAUAUUAUACGAAAAAAUAUUUCUGUUGAUGACAUCAUUUUCAUUUUUUCAGCUGAUUCAAUGUCAAAUUGAUUAUCUCUUAUACCAUAUUCAAGGUAAUAAGAUCUGAAAGGAUUAUUUAGUGGUCAUAGUUUGGUGUAGUGUCUUCUUUCACCCUUGACUUCAGGUUGAAGUGAAAAAUAAUGGCUACAAAUUUAGAAGCAUUACUAUGAAAUAGAAACAAUAACUAAGAUAUAUAGAAUAAGAAACUGAGAUGUCAGUUGAUUUGGCAUAGUGGGUUGAGAGAAGUAGUCCAAGUUGCCAUCAGUUAUUAUCUUGAAAAUACCUUGGUCGGCUCUUUUAUUGUUGUCUUCACUUUAAAGAUUAAAAACCCAAAAAGUUCAAAGAAGAUGGAAGGCCAUUUUCAUGCAAGAAUUUCAAAAGGGAAAAAACAGUAGAGAAAAAUUACAAGUAUUUAGUUCUGUUUUGGGAACCUUUUCACCUACAACACUCAAAGAAUUUUUCUUUCAACUCUUGUCCAAACAUGGUCUUCUCUCCUAAGCAAGAAUCACCAAAUCCCUCCAAGAGAUGCAAAUUUUUCACCUCAACUCUUAAGGAUGCAUUUACCAAUUGCCACAUUUUUAAGGAAAGUCAUUCAAGUACUCAAAGCUCAGACGAAGACGAUGCAAUUGAUGAUUAUGAUGAUGAAGAGGAAGUGUUUGUAUCAAUAGUGAUAAGUAAAUACAUUGAGUCAAAAUGCAGAAGACAGACAACCAUCUCAAGUGACAAGUUCAACUGGACUUUCUCGCCAACAGCAGGAGAUUUAUUCAUAUCCACAAAGCUAAUGCAACAAAAGGAGGACAAGGAACAUCAAGAAAAGGAAGAAAACGAGGAUUUCUUCUCUGUUGGGACUCGUCUUUCGCGCUGCUCAAGUGCUAAAAGCUAUGAGGCAUUUGCCACAGCUAAGACAACCCUUUCUCGUUCUUCAAGCUUGAACAGGAUUGACUUUCAAGAUUUCCCUAGGCGCUCUGUUAUUCAGGAAUUCUCACAUUGUGAAGGAUGGCCAUUUGGUCUGUGCCGUAAACUGUUGUUACUUCCUCCUUUGCCAAAAUCUCCAUCUGAUUCUUGGUCAUGGCGAAAGAGUGCAAGAAUGAUCAAGAUACACUAGUUGCUGGCAUUCAAAACCAAUCUUCUCUCAAUUUCAAAGGAAUUUUACAUUUUCCCAAAAGGGAUGCUGAACUUCAUUUUUCAUGUAUUCGUUAUGUUCUUGAUAAUAGCUACAAACUCUUUCGAGAAUUGAACACCUU